GUUAAUGAGCAAAGAACUGUUACUGCGGAUUGGUAUACCACCAUUUGUUUGCCAAAAGUCAUCAACGAGCUUCGAAAAAUUAACCCCGAAAGAAGAAUCAUCCUCCACCAAGACAACGUGGAAUUAUUGGACCAUCCUCCAUAUAGUCCCGAUCUAAGUCCUAACGAUUUCUUUACUUUCCCGAAAAUUAAAAACAGACUGCGUGGUCAAAAGUUCCAGUCACCAGAAGAAGCAGUUGACGCAUUCAAAAAUGCCGUUUUGGACCUGCCAGCAAACGAGUGGAAUAAGUGCUUCGAAAAUUAGUUCGAGCGCAUGUAUAUGUGUAUUAAUCUUCGU